AUGAGUAGUAACGCUUCUUGUAUCUUCUGCAAGAUCAUAAAGGGAGAAAUUCCAUCAUUAAAGUUAAUUGAAACAAAUAAAUCUUACUCCUUCUUGGAUAUUCAGCCUACAGCGGAAGCUCACUGUUUGAUUAUUCCUAAGUACCAUGGAGCCAAAUUGCAUAAUAUUCCGGAUGAUUAUUUGUCUGAUAUUUUGCCCGUUGUCAAGAAACUCACCAAGGUCUUAAAGUUAGAUGAAAACAAUACACCUGAUGGAGAAGGUUACAAUGUCUUGCAGAACAACGGCAGAAUAGCACAUCAAGUCGUUGACCAUGUACACUUUCAUCUCAUUCCAAAGAAAGAUAGCGAAUCAGGUCUAGUUGUUGGUUGGCCUGCUCAGGAAACUGACUUCGAUAAAUUGGGCAAGCUUCAUAAACAAUUGUUAGAAGAAAUUCAAAAAUUGGACCAAAAGUUGUGA